AAAAAAAAAAAAGAUCUCAGGACAAAGAUUCUGCGAUCUCUGGAAGCGGUUUCACUGAUAUUCCCAGAAGAACACACCUCCAAGUUUGAUAUCAUGAUAACACCCUUGCUUUCAUAUUAUUAAUUCUUUUUUUCUUCUUUCCUUUCUUGUAUCGUCGUCUCAUUGUUACCCAUCAAUGUGAAUAAUUUGGGAGUGUUAAUUUUUACAUACCAAAGCUCCGGCUCCCGAACACAAUGUCCUUCUCUUCACAUACCCAGGACCCUACUGGGCGCACUCGCCUUGAAAAUGAGAAACAAGCUGGUCCUCAAAAAACAGAAAAGCCUGACGCGAAAUCAUGGGCUCACUUCCUCGCCGGAGGUAUUGGCGGGAUGACCGCAGCUACUCUCACCUGUCCACUUGAUGUCCUAAAAACCCGCCUGCAAUCAGACUUUUAUCAAGCCCAACUCCGCGCCCUGCGCGAGGCUCAUCCCUUGCCUCAGUCAACCUCUAUUCUUACCGUCCCUCGAAGUGCUCUACUCCAUUUCACAGAAACUCUUCAAAUGCUUAGAACAAUACACGUCCAUGAGGGGUGGCGGGGCUUGUUCAAAGGUCUGGGACCCAACCUAAUAGGCGUAGUCCCAGCAAGGGCUAUCAACUUCUAUGUCUACGGAAAUGGAAAACGUUUAUUGAAUGAGUAUUUCGAAUAUGACCCGGCCACUUCACCUAUGGGCGUUCACUUGACAGCUGCGGCGAUGGCUGGUAUUGCGACGGGAACAGCGACAAACCCCGUCUGGCUAGUAAAAACGCGGUUGCAACUGGACAAAUCGAACGCUUCCAGCGUACCUGGCAGAGGGCGUCAGUAUAAAAAUAGCUGGGACUGCAUUAGACAGACUGUGCGCCACGAAGGAAUUCGAGGGCUCUAUCGUGGACUGUCCGCAUCGUAUCUCGGAGUCACGGAGAGCACGAUUCAUUGGGUGAUGUAUGAACAGAUGAAAAGGAUACUCGCUACAAGGGAGGCCCGUAGGCUUGCUGAUCCAACACAUGUACCGAGUUGGGUUGAUGAUGCUGGGGCCUGGGGAGGAAAAAUAUUUGCCGCGGGCUUCGCCAAGCUCUUCGCUGCUGCCGCCACGUACCCGCAUGAAGUUGUCCGCACAAGGCUACGGUUGGCUCCUACGGUGUCGGUAUCAGGGGACAAGGCUAAGAUGAAGUAUACCGGUUUAGUCCAGUGCUUCCGACUGAUAUUCAAGGAGGAAGGAAUGGCAGGCCUAUACGGGGGUCUGACACCACACCUCCUCCGAGUUGUCCCAAGUGCUGCGAUCAUGUUUGGAAUGUAUGAAAUGAUUGUGCGGCUCCUUGGUGCUACAGCAUAAUUGCUCUCCACUGCCAUGUCCGCCUAUUCGUUGCCAGAUCGGCCGCAUUUCCCUCCCAAACUGCUUCUAUAAUAUCUCACGACGAACCGGAUGGCAUGUCUAUAUUUCUUAACACUUCUUCGCCGCCAUUCCAAAUCCUCACUUCUGUGUCUGCAUUUCUCUACGGCGCUUCGGGUUAUAAUAGACAUACAAAGAAUCCCCCAGAAAGUAAUGGCUGUGGUGCUGAGGGAUAGAAUUUUCAAGGAGGCAGAGACAUGGUUGCGUCUCGGUACCCUUGAUUUGUUUAUUUUUUAUUUUUUUAUUUUUGCUGUAGAGCAAUCUUCUAUUUUAUGUCCAGCUUGGAUGAAAUACUGUAAUUUGUAUCUCUAUGUUUUGUUUUCCUUUUUCCGUUUUGAGGAGUCGGGGGACGGAAGGGCCCAAGAUCUACAUGAUAGAUGCAAUGUAACUCCGUAUUAUCUAUGGGAAAGGGGUUGAUAAUGGCGUUUCCUGGGGCAUCAGAUGUUUUAACCUACGUUUGGGGGUUUUAUUUCUUUUACUGUGUUUUCUUGCAUCACUCGAUUGCCUUGCAUUUCAAGCCUGUGAGGGUUAUUACUAUUUGUUGCUAUGCUUUAUCCUUUUCUCUUCUUCAACCAGCUUUCUUUCGAGUUGAUGACGUAUCACUCGCGGCUAUUGUAUCAUAUGUUUAU